CAUGAUAAGAGUUGGAGCAUGUGCAUCAACUAUUCCGUAUAUUAUUUACAAUGAGUCAACUACGUAGCAUUCUAUUCUAGGCAUCGAAAGACAUAUCUUGAACGUAUACGAUCUUUGCUCACCUAACACACACCCCUCCAUAUACAAAGUCAUUCGUGAUGCGAGUGGCGGUAGGGUGCAGUUGUAAUCGUCGAUUUCGGUUGAUGUACAUUGUUUCACAACAAUGAAAGCUCCCAGAUUGUAAGACUCGAAUGAGAUAUUGAGGAUAGUUAGAGUGGUAAAGGAAAGUUGACAAUGAUGCGUCCCGGCGCUUUUUUGACUAUUUUGUGUUCACUGGCUUUGUGUUGUGUUGCGGUGUGUGGACUAGAGGGAGAAGCGAACGAUCCUCAAGAAUGCAAAUCUGGUCAGUUUCGUUGCCUUCGUUCGCGCCGCUGCAUUCCUAAAGAGUGGGUGUGCGAUGGAGAAAACGACUGUGGAGACGAUGACGACUUAUCAGAUGAAGAUGAGCGCUGCCAGAAGAAAGUUGCAUGCCUCUGGAACCAUAUCCAAUGUAGUAAUUCUUCUACUUGCAUACUUGUUUCAAGUUUGUGUGAUUCCAAUGAGGAUUGUCCUGAUGGAUCUGAUGAAGGAUCAUUUUGCAACCACACAACAUGCUCUAGGUUGAAUUGUUCUUAUGGAUGCCAAGAAAGCUCCACUGGCCCCAUCUGCUAUUGUGAAAUGGGAAAGCGUGCCAAUGGAACCAGUUGCAUUGAUGUGGAUGAAUGUGAAGUGGAUGGAAUUUGUGAUCAAAAGUGCGCCAACACUAAUGUUCCUGAGGAUGAACUUCCGACACUCAUUUCAAGUAGCUCAGAUGAUAUUCAACAUUUAUACUUGAAUGGAACUACUUUUCCUGGUGGUAGUGUUUUACCUCAAAAGCAAAUUUUGGCAUUAGAUUUUGAUCAUAGAAAUCGUUCAGUUUGUUAUAUACAUCUAUCAGAUUCAUCUGGACCCAGUAUUUUAAGCUGUUCUCCGGUGAAGAAUUUGCAGGAAUCAUGGGAUUUGCCUACACCAUCAAUAUUCUCUCUUUCGUCUGCUAUGCAUAUUUCACUGGAUUGGGUCUCUGGAAACUGGUAUUUUUUAGAUGAUGAACGAGAAGUAAUAUUUCUUUGUAAUUCUACUCUUGAAGCUUGUGCCAUUGUUGUUGAAGGAGACCUCUCAAAACCUCGUGACCCAACAAAAGGCUACAUGUUUUUUACUUUGUGGGGUAAUUCACCUUCUCGAUUGGAACGUAGCCGACUAGAUGGUGAAGAACGAACUACAUUGGUUCAGCAUAAGAUCAUAUAUCCGUAUGGUGUGACUGUAGAUUUUCCUGCACAGCAUGUAUACUGGGUUGAAACUUAUUUAGAUGUUGUAGAGAGAGUGAAUUAUGAUGGAACUAACAGGAAAACUGUAAAAAGAGGUUUCCCAGUUCAAAAUUUAUAUGAUAUUACUGUUUUUGAAAAUAAUCUCUUUAUGACCAGUUGGCGUAACAAUAGUAUUAUUAGAGUGAAUAAAUUUGAUUCAGAUGAUCAUGAAAGCAUUCCUUUGCCAAGUCGGCCAUUUCACAUACAAGUGUAUCAUCGACAACGUCAACCUGAUGUUCCUCAUCCUUGUCAUAACAGCAAUGGACUCUGUGAGCACUUAUGCAUCCCCACAUGGAAGCCAACACUUGUUGCAGUACCACAAUGUUUGUGCAAACCUGGAUAUAAAUUAGCUGAAGAUGGUCACAGCUGCUCUAGAACUAAGCUUCACAAGUUUCUAAUAUUUGGGAAAGGAAAACCUGCAAUGAUAAAAGGCCUUCCCAUGACCCCUGGAGAGAAAGAACAAGUUAUAGUUCCUAUAACUAAUGUCAUACGACCAGUUGCUCUCGACUAUGAUGUCCAAAGUAGUUAUAUUUAUUAUUCAGAUUCUCAGCGGUUUGUGAUAGGAAGGCAACAUAUUGAUGGCACUGAAGAUGAAAUUGUGAUAAAAGAUGUUCAGAACUGCCAUGGAUUAGCUGUUGAUUGGGCAGGUCGUAAUUUAUAUUGGACUGAUAGUGGACUUAGUACUAUCAAUGUUGUUCGUUUAGAUGAUUUUAAAAGACGCAAAGUUUUGGUGCAGGAACCAUACAUGGAUCCUCGUUCAAUUGUAGUUGAUCCUCAGGAUGGUUUAAUGUACUGGGCUGAUUGGCCAAUAGCUGCAGAUAGAACAGCUAAAAUUAUGCGAGCAUGGAUGGAUGGCACCAAUCAAGUUAUAUUUGUGAGUCAUCCAAUGAAACUUCCAAGUGGCUUGACUAUUGAUAGUGCCAAUAAGAAGCUAUAUUGGUGUGAUGUUACAACUACAGGAAUUUGGAGUAUGACUCUAGAUAAACGUGUUGUUGUGUCAGAUGAUGCUCUGAAACAUCCUUUGGGAUUGGCAGUUCAUGAUGGUGCUUUAUUUUGGACUGAUACUGACACAGGAGAAGUAAUGCGUUAUGAUGUUGCAAACCGAACUUUGUCAACUUUGUCUGUUGAAAACACGCCUUUAUAUGAUCUUAAAGUGGUGGACAACUCUUCCCAGAAUGGUACAAAUGGAUGUUCUGUCAAUUAUGGAGGAUGUCCUGAUUUGUGUUUAGCAACUCCUGAUGGAAAAGAGUGUGCAUGUCGUACAGGUUAUGACAAAAAUAAUACGGAUUGUGUGCCACAACCAGAUUAUGUCCCACCCUCAAAAUGCAAACCAGAACACUUCCAGUGUGUCAAAACUGGACGGUGUAUUGAGCGACGAUAUCUCUGUAAAAAAAAAGAUCAGUUUCGAUGUGAUGUUAAUCGAUGUAUAUCAAAAACAUGGGUUUGUGAUGGAGAUGGUGACUGUGGUGAUGGAACUGAUGAAGAUACAAUACUUUGUGCUAAUACUACAUGCAAUUCUCUCCAAUACACAUGUAAGCAAAGUGGACACUGCAUUCCAAAAACUUGGAUGUGUGAUCAUGAAUAUGAUUGUGGGAAAGGAGACAAAUCUGAUGAGGGAGAAAUCUGUGAUUAUCCAAAAUGUGAUCGUGAACAUUUUCAGUGUGCAAAUAAUAGAUGUAUACCGUUUGAAUUUCUUUGUGAUUUAUCUGACGAUUGUGGGGAUGCCAGUGAUGAAGUAGGUUGUUUGCAAUCAUGCAAAAGUGAAUCAGAGUUUUAUUGUGCUGCUGAAGACAAAUGCCUACCAAAUUCCAAACGAUGUAAUGGUCACAAAGACUGCAGUGAUGGCUCAGAUGAAUUUAUUUGUACGGGCAAUGCUACUCGAAGAUUAUGUGGACGAUUGGAAUUUCAAUGUGACAAUGGAGUUUGUAUAAGAAAAAAAUUUAUCUGUGAUGGGCAAAAUGACUGUGUUGAUGGCAGUGAUGAGAAAGGGUGCAACAAUACCUUGAAUUCCACUACUCCCCUACCUACAACAUUAAAGAAGAUAUUACCAGAGAAUUGUCUUCAUCCAUCUCUUCUUUGUGAUGGAGGUGUGACUUGUGUGCCAGUCGAUAGGCUUUGUGAUGGCCACCAUGACUGUGCUGAUCGCUCUGAUGAAGGAGGACUUUGUGAUGACAAAAUGUGUGCUUAUCGAAGUGAUUGUUCUCACCAUUGCCACGAUUCACCUCAAGGAUUUGUUUGCUGGUGUCCUGAAUCUCUUUAUCUUCAAACAGAUGGUUUAACUUGUGGAAUAUCUCAUCCAUGUUCUUCAUGGGGUGCAUGUUCCCAAGUAUGUGAACAACAUGGAACUCGUCACAAAUGUUCCUGUGAACCAGGCUAUGUUUUACAAUCUGAUUACUAUACCUGCAAAAGCAAUGAUUCUGCCACUCCAUAUGUAGUUUUUAGCAAUCGACAUGAAUUGAGAAGUGUUGAUCUGCAUACAUUUAAUGUAAAAGCACUUAUAAUGAGUUUGAAGAAUACUAUUGCACUUGACUUCUAUUAUACUAAGAACACAAUAUGGAUAUUUUGGACAGAUGUAAUUGAUGACAAAAUUUAUAGAGGGACAUUAAUCACUCUUAGUAACAUUGAAGUAGUGGUUCAAACUGGCCUAUCCACAGCUGAGGGUUUAGCUGUUGAUUGGAUUGGAGAGAAUUUGUAUUGGGUAGAGAGCAAUUUAGACCAAAUUGAAGUAGCUCGUUUAGAUGGAAAAUACAGACGAACUCUUAUUGCAUCUGACCUUGAGUCACCUCGUGCUAUUGCCCUGGAUCCUCGCUAUGGAUUAUUAUUUUGGACUGACUGGGAUGUAAACUCCCCGCGAAUAGAACGUUGUAGCAUGAGUGGCCAAUACAGGAAGACAGUGGUUAAUGUCGACAUCCUUACUGAUGGUGCUUGGCCUAAUGGCCUUACUUUAGAUUAUGCUUUGAAGAGAAUAUAUUGGAUUGAUGCAAAGUCAGAUUCUAUACACACCACUACAUACGAUGGAGAUGACCAUCAUGAAGUCAUGCGUGAACAUGAGACUUUGACUCAUCCAUUUGCCAUUGCUCUAUUUGGAAACUAUGUUUACUGGACAGAUUGGAGAACUAAUGCUGUAAUCCGAGGGAAUAAAUGGAAUGGCUCUGACAUUAGUGUUAUUCAGCGCACUCUUACACAACCAUUUGAUAUUCAGAUAAUGCAUCCCAGCCGCCAACCUCGAGGC